AUGAGGGAGAGAGGCAAGGCUGUGGAAACAUACAGCGCCAGCAGCAACUUCUCAGACUACAAUUACUCUGCAGCAUCAGAAUUUCCAUGCAAGAAGCACCCAUCUUCUUCAUCUGUAGGGAUCUGUGCUUACUGCCUCAAAGACAGGCUGGUGAAGCUUGUUUGCUCAGAUUGUGGAGAGCAGCGCCUCUCUUCUUGCUCUUGCUCUGAGGUCUCUUCCUAUAGAAACUCCUCUGCUGCUGAGAUUGGAAGUGUUGGGAGAAUGUCAUUCCUCAUAGAAAAUGAAAGAAGUGAUCAAACCAAGCAGCAUCAUCAGCAUCAGCAGCCCAGUUCAAAGCCGAGAAAUGGGGAGGGAUCUGAAGAUUUUGUGCUGCUAAAGAGGAGCAGCAGCAGCUGUAUUGCAGGUGUCAAGAGGAGUGGGCUAUGGAGGAUUGUGAGGCUGUUUAGGAAGAAGAGAGAAAAGGGUUGUGAGAGAACAAGUGUUGGAGCGAUGGAUGACAAAUGUGAGAUGUGGGUUUUUGAUUACAUGGGUGGCGUGUCAAGAUCCAGGUCUCUCUGCAGCUUCAGGGGUGGAAGCUUUCAUGACCCAGAAGAUAGCAGUGAUUUUGCAUUUUCAAGUGCUAAAGUUUCUGAUGUUAAUGGAGGCCCUCUGUUUGAUUCUGCCAGAGUAAGUGGCUUCAGUGAAACAGAGCCAAGAAAGAGUGGAUUCAGAGCCGAAAAGGGCGGUCUUCUGGAGCCUGAAACUGGUUUGUAUGCUAGAGAUAGGACUGUUUUUCCAGUGAAAGAAAGUUCAGAUUCCGCCAGAGUAAGUGGCUUCAGUGAAUCAGAACCCAGAAAAAGUGGAUUUAAAGCUGAUCCUGAAACGGCUUUCUAUCCCAGAGACAGGGGUGUUUUCCCAGUUAAAGAAAGUGACUUCAGCAGGAUGGAUGAAUCAGGCUUCAUUGACUUGAAACUGGAUUUAUCAUCAGAGUCAAAACCAGACGUUUCUGUUCUGAAAUCCACUGAUCACCCAGUUCCAGUCCCAGAAGUGGGUAGCUUGAAAAGUGGGAGUUUUCUGGGAAACCAUGAAUCUAGAGGUUCUAAUGGGAGUCCCAUGGGGGAUGCCAUGUUCAGAAAAGGGGGUUCUUGUCGUAUCACUGUGAAUGAAAGAGGAAUCAAGAGGGACAAGAAAGGCCACAAGGUUUGGAGAUGGAUCUUUAGGCACCAUCCUAGUGGAAGAAGUGCCACUAAGAAUGAUGAAAAUAAUGUUUUGAAGUCUUGA